UUCUAGGAAUAAUUGCAAGAAGUUUUCAGAAAUGUUCAUCAAACGACCAGAAUAUGAUCAAACAGUUUCUUAUUGAAAAAAAAUGUAUUCCUACAAAACACGGAUUAAAAAUACCAGACGAUGCAUAUUUCCCAAACGUGGACCUUUUCCCGGAUCUACCGAUUAUUAACUUCCAAAAUGUUAAAGUUGUUGAAAAAUUAUUACAAAAAUUGGGAGUUCGGAAACAUGUUGAAUUGCAACUCAUUUUCGAUCGUCUAGUUAGUCAAGGAAAUUGGGAUCAUAUGCAACUUGUCAAAUAUCUUUCUUCAGUAUCUAAUAACCUUAAAGAAAUUGAGUUGAAAAGGCUAAAGGUUACUGCAAUUUGGCCAAAAGAACAAAACGCGAAAACUGAACCGUCGCUAGCAAAGGCAGAUGGCGAUGAGAUUAAAGCCAAACCGAGGAUUCAUAGGUUUUUGGCAAGUGAUUUAUAUGCACCAUCAGCGGAAAUGAGAGAAUUCGGGUUGCCUCUAAUCGAAUGGAAUGGUAAAUGGCGAAAAAACUCUGAAGAAG